CUCGCCCAGCGGCGAUGGAUUAGCCAGGCCUCAGGAAGAUGGCGUCCUCGGAGCAGGCAGAGCCGCCGAGCCAGCCAAGCUCUACUCCAGGAAGUGAAAAUGUGGUGCCUCGAGAGCCUCUGAUUGCCACAGCGGUGAAGUUUCUACAGAAUUCCCGUGUCCGCCAGAGCCCACUUGCAACCAGGAGAGCAUUCCUUAAGAAGAAAGGGCUGACAGAUGAAGAGAUUGAUUUGGCUUUCCAGCAGUCGGGCACGGCUGCCGACGAGCCUUCGUCCUUGGGCCCAGCCACACAGGUGGUUCCUGUCCAGCCCCCUCACCUCAUUUCUCAGCCGUACAGCCCUGUGGGGUCCCGAUGGAGAGACUACGGGGCCUUGGCCGUCAUCACGACAGGCAUUGUGUUCGGCUUUCACCAGCUCUACAAGAGAUACCUGCUCCCCCUCAUCACGGGCGGCCGAGAGGACAGGAAGCACCUGGAGAGGAUGGAGGCGAGCCUCUCGGAGCUGAGUGGCAGCGUGGCACAGACAGUGACUCAGCUACAGAUGACUUUAGCGUCUGUCCAGGAGCUGCUGAUUCAGCAGCAGCAGAAAGUCCAGGAGCUCGCGCACGAACUGGCUGCAGCCAAGGCCACGACGUCUACCAACUGGAUCCUGGAGUCGCAGAAUAUCAAUGAGCUCAAGUCAGAGAUCAACUCCUUGAAGGGGCUGCUCUUAAAUCGGAGGCAGUUCCCACCGUCCCCCUCGGCCCCGAAGAUCCCGUCCUGGCAGAUCCCCGUCAAGUCCCCGUCACCCUCCAGCCCCGCUGCCGCCAACCACCACAGCAGCAGCGACAUCUCGCCCGUCAGCAAUGAGUCCACGUCGUCCUCGCCCGUGAAGGAGGGCCACAGCCCCGAGGGCUCCACGGCCGCCUACCACCUGCUGGGCCCCCAGGAGGAGGGCCAGGGGGUGCUGGACGUGAAGGGCCAGGUGAGGAUGGAAGUGCAGGGCGAGGAGGAGAAGAGGGAGGACGAGGAGGACGAGGAGGACGAGGACGUGAGCCACGUGGACGAGGAGGACUGCCUCGGGGUGCAGCGGGAGGACCGCCGGGGCGGGGACGGGCAGAUCAACGAGCAGGUGGAGAAGCUGCGCCGGCCCGAGGGCGCCAGCAACGAGCACGAGCGGGACUGAGCACCCGGGGCUCCCGGCGGGCCCUGGGCGGCCCCCUCGCCUGCGGGGCUCGGGGCGGGGGCCUGGUCGCCGAGCACCUGCCGACCUCGACCUCGCACCUGCAUGACAAGAGGUAGUCUAAGUACCUGGCUCCUGACCCUCGGGGGCUGCUGCCACCCCUGCUGCCCACCUCCCAGGGGCCGGGAUCGGCGCUUCCAGAAGCCUCACUCCGUGCCCUUGCCGCCGGGCCGCCCCCGCCCGUCUGCUGGCCUCGCUUCCGCCUCGCGACUCCGCUGCCCCUGCGGCGACACUGGUCCUCGCCUCCCCGAGCCGGCGUCGGGCCUCCCCGCCUGCCCGCCCGGGAACGUGCCCCGCUAGACGCUACUGCUGUACAUAAUUGUAAUAAAUACGAGUUGUCACUAUUUA